AAAUCAUCGACGGAAAUGCUUCCAGAGAUUUUUGAAUUCGAUAUAAGCUUCGCAGCGGCCUAUUCCUAUCAGCGGGCCGAAGAUCAAGAUCUCGAUCAACUGUGCUAUAAAUGCUUCCAUUCUCUACAUCUGCCUACCUACUGAGGAUCUCUCUCGCAUGGUCGGGCGGGAGGUUACUUGUCUGCUGCUCGCUGCCUUUAGCGGUCAAGGAGAUGGCCGCUGGCGAGACCCUUCAGCCAGCUCCCCCUCCCCAAUUUUCUCAUGGGCAUCCCCAACUGAGUGCAAAGGAUCUGUAUCUGACCUUCUACCCUUACUUUAUCUUUAUUCCGCAUCGCAUCUCGUCUUGGACGGUAGUGAUCACUGCUGGCAUCACCAGCUUCAACAGCUUCACCACUUGCCCUUGGUUGCUCACUCAUCUGCAUCUCCUUCACCUCGGCCGAAUUGCUCCAGUGCAGUGCAGUUCGCACGGUGUUCCCCAACCCCAACCCGGCUCUCUCCAUCGCCAAACAUUCACCAGCGGCCUCACCUCACCUACCUACCACCUUACCUCACUUUCACUUUCACCCUCACUACUGCGACAAACCCGCGUAUUCGCUUCCACAUCUCUCUCUCUCCCUCCUCCCCCCCUCCUGGCUCGGCUCCAGAAGUGACCUGUCCCUCGUUCAUAUCCUAUUAAUCAAUCCAAUCUACUUCCCUCUUGCAUCCAUCCUCCAUCCUAUCGUGACUACGGGCUCCUCGACCCGAUACCACCGACACCAAUACCGACGCGCAGCCAACAGCCAACGCUCGCAUUCAAUCCCCAUUCUGCGGACACGACACCACACCCCUAGAGAUAGACGGACCAACAAAACAACGAACGACGGUUGCAUGCGCUCCGCCAAACACAUAGGGGGAUUCUGUUGACGUGGUGGCCAAGUACUUUUCGCUAUUUCAUCGCGUCGGUACACUUUCAACCUUUGCGACACCCCUGGCAUCACUUUGCGCCAUUUCACUCCCUCUUCUGGUCACACUCGCGCCUAAUACCGACCGCACGAGGCAUUACACAAAUCGCUUUGCUGCAACUUGCGAGACGGAAAAGAAGCGCUCAAAAUAAGACAACGACGAUUCCACGCGCGUGAUUAAGCCGUCCUUGCUCACAACGAGGAAUCUUCGCGAAAGGCCUCAUACAUAGUAUUGUAGGAAAGCGACGGUGUGAUUGAACUGCUUGCUCGUUCUGACAUCCCGAGCAGCACAGCGCAUCGGACGAAGAAGCUCACCAGCACGCAAACACUACCUAGGUAGGUAGCAGAGCUGUGAAGGCGGUAGGAGGAGAACUCCGCUCGUAGGCGCAUGCGUGGUGUAGGAUUGGCGAUCGUCGGUUUCCACUUCGUGGAGAGUCGACCUUCAACACCAUGAUGACGAGUCUCGCCCAGGCCUACUCACCACACGGGGGCAUUCAACAGCAUCCAGGUGUCCCUCCCGGUCAUCCUAUCGCGGGGCCUCAUAAUCCGGGUCAGCCAGGCAUGCCGCAACAGAUGCAUAUGGCAGUCUCAGGCCCUGGAGGACCUCAAGUAAGCCAGGCAGGAGGCAUGAUGGGUGGUAUGCCACCUGGAGCCGGGGGCCCAAGUGCACAUGCACUACAACAUCUUAACCCCAAUGCUGCACAGGCACAGCAAGCUCUAAUUCAGCAGCAGCAGGCGAUGGCUUGUAAGUCGAACCUUCCUCCUCAUCCCUUCUCUCGAUGGUCGUUGCCUACCUAUACGUAUAUGAAACUCCGAGUGCUAACACAACCCCUCAUUCAGUCCAACAGCAGAACCCCCAAUAUAUGCAGCAACAGCAACAGCACAUUCUCCGCCAGCAACAGGCUCGACAGAUGAUGAUGUAG